AAUCUACCCCUCCCAAAAUCGCUCCAUCACAUAAACCUGGGGGGGGCAGGAGGGGGGGUCCCUUCCGAUCCUCCCUCCUGACGCCCCCCCCAGCAGGCCCCCUCCCCCACCAUUGAAAGCCAUGAAUUUUGAAUUUGAGAGGGAGAUUGGGUUUAUAAACAGCCAGCCAUCGCUCGCCGAGUGUCUGACUUCCUUCCCCGCUGUCUUGGAGACAUUUCAAACUUCAUCAAUCAAGGAGUCGACAUUAAUUCCUCCUCCUCCUCCUUUCGAGCAAACCUUCCCCAGCCUCCAGCCCGGCGCCUCCACCCUUCAGAGACCCGGGAGCCAAAAGCGAGCCGAAGAUGGGCCCGCUCUGCCGCCGCCGCUCCCCGCCGCCCCCUUGGUCCCCGAGUUCCCCUGGAUGAAAGAGAAGAAAUCCGCCAAGAAACCCAGCCAAUCCGCCUCGUCUCCCCCGGCCGCCUCCUCCUCCGUUUCGGCCUCCGGGGUCGGAUCGCCAGCAGAUGGCCCAGGACUGCCGGAGGCCGCGGGCAGCGGGGCGCGCAGGCUGCGCACGGCUUACACCAACACGCAACUGCUGGAGCUGGAGAAGGAAUUCCACUUUAACAAGUACCUGUGCCGGCCGCGCCGCGUCGAGAUCGCGGCCUUGCUGGACCUCACCGAGAGGCAGGUCAAAGUGUGGUUCCAGAAUCGACGCAUGAAGCACAAGCGGCAGACGCAGCACCGAGAGCCGCCCGACGGGGAGCCAGUCUGCCCAGGCGCCCUGGAGGACACCGGCGAGCCCGCCGAAGAGCCCGUGGCCAGCCCUGGCCGCCCCUCCGCUUCGCGGGCGGCGCGGGAAGGCUGCUCUCACCCGCCCGAGGUCGCGCCGGCCCCCCCGGGCGCCCAACCUGUGACCGCUCACGGAGGGGGCGGGGAGCCGUUGCCGGAAGAUGCCUUCCCGGAGCGGCAGGAUUCGCCUUUCCUGCCCGACCUCAACUUCGCGGCCGACUCCUGUCUCCAGCUGUCCGGAGGCCUCUCCCCCAGCCUGCAGGGCUCGCUCGACAGCCCGGUUCCCUUUUCCGAGGAGGGGCUGGACUUCUUCACCAGCACCCUCUGUACCAUCGACCUGCAGUUCCCCUAACCUGUCUCCUCGUCCCGGCCCCUUCGACCCCGUCGUCCCCUCCGCCGACUGCGGGAAAAGCCGAGGACCCCCUCCCCCAAGUCGUUUAGAUUUCUUUAUGUGUUUUGCUAAAAUUCAGGUAUUACGGAAUUAGCGUUUAAUCCAUUUCCUUUCUUUUCUCUCUAAAAUACUGGGCACUCGAGCAUCUUUAAAAAAAAAAUCACAGGAAAAUUCCGUUUGGUAGAGUCCUUCCAGUGAAAUCUCAGGAAUAAUUAAACUCUAGGGGGGGCUUUCUUAAAAAAGAACUAGAGGAACUUGUUUUCCUCUCUUUUUUUUUUUUUUAAGUUUUAGACCGUAGAUUAUUUAUUAAAACUCUUUAAUAAUAGGAAAAGGGGAAAGUAUUUAUUGUACAUUAUUUUCAUAGAUUAAAUAAAUGUCUUUAUAAUAC